AUGCAGGAAUUUGAGAGAGCUACAAUUCUUGGUGCUGAGGCAAGGCCUGGAAGUUCCGUGAUUUUGAUUCAUCGGGCAUAUGUACCGCCCGCACUGGUCAAUCGCAUCAAAAAUCUCGAACAAUCCAACAAAGCACUGAAGAAUAGGGUUUUGGGCCAUGAGAAUACCAUUGCAAGUUUGGAACACAACCUGAAAUCACAACCUUCGCGUGUCCAUGCUUUAGAGCUCAAUCAGCAAAAUCAAAAGGCGGUCAUUCAGAGCUAUGAUGGGGCUCGAAAAUCAUACGAUGUGCAUAUCGCGACGUUGAAGUCUUUCAAAAGCUGCCAUGAUCAGCAAUUCGAGACACAGGAUCUCUUCAGAAGCCUGCAAGAUAAGAAGAUCCAGUUGCUAAAUGAUAGGCUCAAGAACCAUGAAUAUUGCUUUAUGAAGAAAAUUAGCACAUGA